UGUUCAAUGCAAGACCGGAGCAAGAAGAAGCAUUUGUUUACAUUUUUAUUUCACACCAUUUCCAAAACUUGUGUAAACAAUUAUGACAACCGGCGGCGAAGCUGAGGGAGAGGAUGAACUACCUGUAGAGCUUACAGACAUCUUCAAAUCCCUGGCUGAAAACGAGAAAAUCGUCUUCAAAUCGCAGCAGAUUGAUGAUCCGGAAAUUCCAAUUGUGGAGAAGCAAAAAAUUGCUCGGGAAUCAUUUAAAAAGAACCGAGAAACAUUUCUUAUACGAUUUGGUGGCUUCCUUAGUGUCCGACAACUGAGUUCCUUCCAGGAACUGGCUGUUGGAGAGCCCCAUAAGCCGGAAGAAAGCCUUGAGGAGAUGUGCCUGCUUCUGGAGGAUUUCAAAAGAAAGCUAAGCACACGCGAGGUGUGCAUCAAGAACAGGAGAUACCAUGCCAUGCAGCAGCUGCUGGAGAAGGGUGAAUACUUCAGUGAACACGAGAUGAUGCAAAGGGCUCCGGAUCUCUACCAGGAACUGGUGGGUCAGUACCUAACCGAGGCGGAGAAGAAGGCGCGGGAUAGCUACGAUGUGAGGAACACCAGCUUCUCGGGCAUACUCAUGCACUCUUUGGAGAAGCAGCAGCGUGAUGAGUUGCUAGCGGAAACGCAACAGGAAAAAGUAGAGGAGGCAGUCGAGGAAAUCACCAGUGCUCCUGUUCCUCCUGCUCUUCCCGAAUUUGAAGUCCCUGUAGCCUGUCAGAAGCAAUGGGGCGCCUUUGAUGACGAUGAGCCCGUUGCCUGCUCCACUAGUCGAGUUGCUAAAGCUCGUCCGCCAGCGAAUAUAGCGCAGAUCUCAACCCCGGAGUUCUAUAAUCCCGGGGAGCGAGAACUCCUCCGACAUGAGUUCCUCAGCAUGAUGAAGGAACGAUUUUUGCAAGGCGAGGACAAGGACUUUGAUUAUACAGCCGUCGACGACAAUUCCCAGCUGGAUGAUCUCAAACAAAUUGAACAAGAUGAGGAGGAUGCCUACUUCGAGGACAGUGACGAAGAAGAGGAAUUGCCAGAGCAGGCUAACGAGUCAAAGGAAGCCGCCUCAAGCGAGGAGGACGAGCUGGAUAUUUAUAUGCGGCAUCUUAGCAAUCACCAUAGUUUACAAAAUUAAAGUUAUAUCUUAUAGAAAGCGUACAAACUUACAGUUUAAAUUGUAAGACCAGCUCUUAGAUAAAGCGUCAGAGAGGAAAUUGCAAAACUAGCACUUGCAGCAAAUAUAGUCUUUAAUCUUAAUCUAA